AGGCAGUUUAUGAACAAACUGGUGGUGUACUUAAUGCUGAUAAAUGUCUACAAGCAAUUCAGGAAGAAUUGAUAAAGUUUGGUGGAGAACUGCACGAAAAUGAAAAAGUUCUAAACAUUGAACCAAUUAAUGCCUCGAGAGUUAAUGUUCAAACAUCUACAGCUGAAUAUGAUUCAGCAUCCGUUGUUUUAUGCUGUGGUUCUUGGACCAACAAACUUUUAAAGCCAUUGGAUCUUCAACUGCCAUUAAAGGCAUGCAAGGUACAAGUGACAUACUGGAAAGAAAAAGUUCCAAAUAUUUAUUCAAAGUUCCCAAGCUUAAUUUACUACAAGGUUGAUGCUGUAUCUAUGUAUGGACUCCCCUGUGAAGCUUACCCUGGGUAUUUUAAGUUUUGUUUUCAUUAUCACUUUGUUGUUGAUCCUGAUGAUGAAGAAGACUUGGAAAAACAUCCAUCAAGUGAAGAGGCAAAGAUGAGAAUGGAAGAGAUCAAAGAAGUUGUGAAAAAUCAUCUUCCAUAUUUGGUCCCAGAGCCCAAAGUAAAGGAGCCUUGUAUGUUAACUACAACUCCUGACACGGAUUAUAUUUUGGACCGCCAUCCAAGACAUAAGAAUAUCAUUAUAGGAGCUGGGAUGUCAGGUCACGGUUUCAAAACUGCACCAAUUGUAGGAAAGAUCUUAUCCGAGUUUUCGGAUGACGUAACACCGAGUUACGCGGUUCAUUAUUACGUCAUAGAUCGCUUUCAUACAUGAAUUAAUCAGUGCAGCUGAAUGCAAUAUAUUUUAAUAAUUCUGUUUUACAAUAUAUGGGAUAUACCACGUAAAUCGGGAAAAUCAGCGGUACAAAUUAAUGUAUCAACUAUCUACCAUAUAAUUACCAUUUAAACUUAGGUUUGUUCGUAGCUAUAUAGAUUUGCUUUAAAUAUCCACUUGACAACAUACAAUAAACAUCUUUACUGCUUCCAUACUUUCUCGUUCAACCUAUUUAAAAUA